AUGAGUGAUGUAGAUCGACCCCAGCAAGCGCUCAGUGGCCACCGGAGACCGUUUUGGCGGCAACAAACGCUCGUCCUUCGCCUCUGCUCGUCUACGCUGGCCACGUCUCUCGUCCACCGCCUCCUCCGUCUCCCGCAUUCACAGCCCACACCGCGGUCCAAUGCACCAGCCCGCCUCCAUCGCGCAAGCCUCGCCUACCCGCUGCAACACACGCAUCUCACGGCCGCAGCCCAGGACUGCCCAGUGGGAAGGGUCGCUUAUGGAGAUGUCGAUGAGCACGAGGGCUGCGCGACAAUGUACGUAUCUUGUCCUCUGUGCCUCUGCCUGCCGUGCGCUCCCGUUGUCCCCGCUCUUCGUUCUUCAUACGCCGCGCUUGAACGCCUGGCGACGUCCCGGUCUCGAUGGCAGAUCCGACAUCGACCGCGAACGCGUGCUGGGUCGACUCAACCAUGCAACGCAGGUACGCAUCUCUUCGUUCACUGCGCGCCCUGGCUGUCGAGCGACGUCCGCGUACCCAAUGCCGUUCUCCCUGCUCUGACCAUGUCGCCAUCAGCUUCGCGCGCCCGGAUGCAACCCACACGCUCUUCCAACGAUGAGCGCUGUUCGUUCGACCGCAUCGACAACAGCAUCCAUUGCCGCGUUGCCGAGACGCCGCCGUCGUUCGGCCCUAUCCAUGCCUUCUGA